AUGACAGUUUCAUCGAGCGACUGGUCAUUGAAUAUGGCAUCAGGUGGAAAGCCGGUAUCUUUACCAUAUUCCUCGGCAUCAGCAUCAGUCUUUUCGCAAGAUGGGCGCUACGAUAUAGUAAUCUUAUCAUACCAAAUAAGAGUUUACUUUGUUUCAACCCGUCAAUGUAUCAGAACGAUAGAUAUAGAUCUAAGUGAUGUGGUAGAUGUGAAGUUGGAUGUUUUGAAUAGCAGCCACAUUGUUCUCUUUAAAAGUUCAGGUGAAAUUGUUACAUUAAACUGGAAAGACAAGAUAAAUGAACCAGUGGUCUCCACCGUUAAUGUUGCAAUGGAAUGGCCAAUAUUGUCGGUAGCUGCAAUUAGAGGUGACACAUACUAUGCUAUAAUUGGAAAGAAGGACAAAAAAUCUAGUCCAUCUCCACAUACUCGACAUGUUGUUAAAAUUUCCAGAGAUCAAUUAAGUGUCCAAAAUCUAGCAGAAAUCAAUAACGUUACGAAGUACGCUAUUUCCUCCAAUAGUCAUAAAUUAGCAUUUUUAACUAGCAACCAUGAUAUAAUCCUUGUGAAUUUGUCGUUUAUUUCCCACCAAAACCAUGACGACGAAGAACAGCCAGACUAUACAGAAUUGCCUCAGGAAACAAUUCCAUUCAUAUACAAGUCACCUGUAACUUCUUUGGCAGUCUCAAAUGACUCUGUGGUUGCGAUUGGUACUUCAGCAGGAGCUAUUCAACUCUUAUAUGGAGGAUUAACAACGGAUAAGCCUCAGGGAUUGUUGAAAUGGCAUAUAGACCAAGUCAGAUCUUUACAAUUUACUCCAGACAAUAAUUAUUUAUUAUCUGGUGGUAUGGAAAAGGUGUUAGUUUUCUGGCAAUUAGAAACAGGCAAAACUCAAUUUUUACCAAGACUAAAUGGUAGUAUAGAAAGAAUUUCUCUUGAUAAUAAUAAAAAUGAUUAUUAUUCCUUGAUGUUGAAAGUUUCAUCUAGUGGAUCCGAUGUGGUUAAUGAUGAGGAUACGUACGAAAUUUUAGUCUUAUCUGCUGUGGAUUUGGUAUCUAGAUUGUCAAUCAACAGCAUCAGGCCUAAAUUAGCGCAUAAUGUCAAACAGACAUUAUUGAAAACAAAAAAGAAAUUUGCUAAGUCUGAAUCUACAUUUGAUAAAUCAAAGCUCAAGCAUGAUUACACUUCCAUUUUUGAAAUCCACCCAAAGACAAAGAAUUUGUACUUCCCUAAUGAUGCUGUCAUCCAGGCGUAUGAUUUGAUUAAAAACGAACAAAGUUUUAUUCAGACCGCUGCUCCAUUAUUGUCAACAGGUAAGGUUAGAUCUGAAAAUAAGUUAUUAGAUCCAACUAUCUCGUUGUUAUCAUUCACUCAAGAUGGUCACUGGAUGUGCACAUUCGAUAGUAUUUCUACUUCGGAAGUUGACAACUUAUUAUCCAAGAACGAUAAGCAAUAUGCUUUGAAGUUUUGGAAAUUCAUUGAGUCAUCAUCUAAAAAUGAUUCUAACUCAACGAAUAAUGUAAAUAAUAAACAAGGUUAUUGGGAAUUAUCAACAAAGAUUAUUGAUCCUCAUGGCAAUUCGAAUCCUAUAUUAUCAUUAACUCCAGCUCCAUUGUCAUAUCAUCAAGGUUUAGCAUUUUUAACUGCUGAUAAUAAAGGUGGAUUAAGAAUAUGGAGACCACGUAUUCCUAAGGAGAUUUAUCAAACCGUCAAACAGGGAAAUAAUAAAUUACAGCAGACAGCUUGGACUUUGAGGAAAUCUAGACCGUGUGGUGCUUUAGUUUCUGAUGCUAUUGACACAUGUUGGUCAGAUGAUGGAUCGGUUAUUAUAUUAGGACAUGAGUGUUCUAUAACAACAUUUAACACACAGACAUUCGAAGAAAUUCCAAAUGAUUCCUUCAGAGUACCAGCUCUUUCCGGCUCUAGAAUCAGAUCUUUAUCAAUGUUAGAUGAUUAUUUGAUUGUUUUGUCUAAGACUAGAAUUACCUCGUUCAACUUAUUGUCUGGCGAAUCUACAGACUUAGUUGCGAAGAUAAAUACUACAAUCGGCGGAAGAAAUUUGAUUGCAAUUGACCCAAUCAAGAAGUUAAUUUGCUUGGGGGUGAAUUAUUAUAGUAGUAUUGGCGAUAACUUUGCAAUUAAAUCGAAAAUUUUGGUUUUCAAACCAGACGAAUUAACCCCCGUACAUAUUAGUCACCAUAACCAAGGUAUUUCAUCUAUACGUCAGUAUCACUCAUCGUUCAUCUUUGUUGAUUUAGAUUCAAGAAUUGGAAUAAUUUCUUCCACUAAUGAAACCUUUGAGUCAUCUAAUGGAUCAACUCAAGAAUCUGAUUUAGCAGGUGAUAUGAACAACAUGUUACUCAAUGCACAAGCUGCAGCAGAUGUUAUGACUAACCGUAAUGUUUCUUUCAACACUGCUAAUGGUAAACAAUUAUCAGAUGAUUUGGAGACAGACGACAGUGUGGAAAUGAACAGAGCAAUAGAUGUGAACACCUUCCAACCUAUGUUUGAAAACUUAGAAGGUGCUCAAAUUGAGACAUUGUUCGAACGUAUUAUGAAGAUAAUUAAAUAA